AUGUCCACCAUGAAAGCAAUUGUGAUGCACGCCCCGGGCGACCCCUCCGUGCUGAAGCUUGAACAGCGCCCGAUCCCAACCCCCAAGACUGGGGAAGUAUUAAUCCAGGUGAAAGCGAUCGGUCUCAACCGGUCCGAGCUAUUCACGCGUCAGGGCCUCUCGCCCAGCGUCAAGUUUCCCCGCAUCUUAGGGAUCGAGGCUUCCGGCAUCGUUGCUUCUUGUCCCGGGAACGAGUUUCCCGAAGGCGCUGUGGUGGUGACGGCUAUGGGGGGUAUGGGGAGGGAGUUCGAUGGUGGAUAUGCUGAGUACACUGUUGUACCGGCCAAGAAUGUCCAGGCUAUCAAGACACAGCUGCCAUGGGAGACGAUCGGGGCUAUGCCGGAGAUGUUGCAGACGGCUUGGGGGGCGCUGUUUAAAGCCUUGAAGUUGAACCGGGGGGAGAGGUUUCUGGUUAGAGGAGGCUCGUCGAGUGUCGGGUUGGCAGCUGCGGCGAUUGCAAGGAACCAUGGGGCGUUCGUGGCGAGCACGACGCGGCGGAAAGACAGGGAAAGCCUGCUAAAGGAAAGCGGUGCGCAUGAGGUCAUCAUAGAUGAUGGAGCCAUUGCAAAGAAGAUCACAGAGAAGUUUGAUCGGAUCUUGGAACUAGUUGGGACCACAACUCUAGAGGACUCUCUCCUAUGUGCAAAGGAGGGCGGUAGUGUUUGUAUGGCAGGCAUGGUGGGUAAUCAAUGGGAGAUGGAGAAUUUCAGCCCUAUGGGCGCGAUCCCAACAGCUGUCAACUUGACAACAUAUGCCGGUACUUCAGAAGAUCUCAUUGCUACUCCGCUGGAAGAUUUGGCAAAACAGAUCAAAGAUGGCCGGAUGAAGAUCCAGAUUGGGAAAGUGUUUAAGCUCGAUGAGAUGGUGGAAGCGCAUCGUGUCAUGGAGGAAAAUACUGCGGGUGGUAAGAUUGUGGUGUUGACUUGA